GUAGCUCACUUUCAUCUGGACACUUGCUCAUUCUGUUUUGGCAGAAGCGAGCUCGUGCUCAAUUAAUAUUCAUAAAGCGUCACCGAGUGGGUGUGGAUUAAAAGAACCACGUCUUUAUAAACGAGAAGCUCCAAAUGUGUGCUCAUGCGACACAAAACAAACUCGCUCCUGGAAGGUUUCAUAAAAUCCCCUGAAAAGGACAAGAUCAAUUACUUGAAUAAAUCAAAUUCAGACCACAUAAUCCAACCGAAAUGGAGACCAUGCACGAAAUCAUCCCCUUCGCCAAGGAGAUGCUGGCUCAAAAGCCUAGCCGCCGCAUGCUGAAGGUGUACAUGGUGGGCACCGUGGUGGCCUUCUUGGGCAUGGUUCUGGGCCUGGUGGAAACCGUCUGCCAGUCCUUCGCCUCCGAAGAGCCGCUGGACGCAGAGCUCGGUCAGUUGAUGGCUCGGGAGCAGAGGGCACUGGAGACUGAGGAGAGAAGGAAACAGGAGGAGGUGGCAACAGUUUCGGCCGCGGAGCAGAUCACCAUACCCAGGAAGCUGCAACAGGCGACGGGAGCGCAUAGAAGCGCAGGUGCAGCCAACCGACUGCACGCCUCGUGAAAAGCAUCACCGGGCUAGCGCCAAAACGCUGUUAGCCUACAUAAUUAUUAAGGACCUGUAUAGUCCUAGCCACAUCAAAUACGGUGCGCUACAUACCCAUUCGAAAAAGCUCCACAAGAGGAAUCCCACUGGGCACAGACGUGAAUUCAACGUCUAUUCCACGUUGGUUCCACGACACAACGUUGAUUCAACCAGUGUGUGCCCAGUGGGAUGAAUGGCAACCUUAAACCGUCAACAGAAAAACGGGCUGACUGUCUGUGUUGAGCUGCGCUUUGCAGCGCUGCUUUUGGUAGCCCAAGUUGACGCGCCAGUUGGAAACUCCCAAGCUGAAAUUGUGUCCGGGGUCAAAAGAGCCGGCGAAAGAGCAGCUGUUCGACUCUCACUAUCCGCUAAUGAGAGAGAGGGCAUUGACUGCACAGCAGCCGCUCUGCUAUCUCAUUCUCCACUCCAUCCAUGGUGCCAAAAGAGUAACAUUUUUGUGAGAUUUUUAAAAAGUGCUAUUUGUCAAUGCUGUAAAUAUAUUAAUGUUUUUUCUAGUCAAUAAAUUCAUAUUUUUAUUUA